AUGGCCGGCCAAAACCAAAUCUUUCUCGGCACCUUCAUCCACAGUAAGGCGCUGGAUGAGCUCGAGUAUUUUCACGAGACGGCAGUGCUCGUUGACAAGGAGGGCAAAAUUGUUCGCAUAGAGCGCGGUUAUGAUUUGGAGAAGGCCAGGGAGAACUUGUUCCCCGGCCUGGGCUGGUCGUCCGAGGAUGUAGCUGUUCACGUUUGCAGGGAUGGGCAGUUCUUCUUCCCCGGCUUUGUAGACACCCACCUGCAUGCUUCGCAGUAUCCAAACGUCGGCAUCUUCGGCAAGUCGACGCUCCUGGACUGGCUGAUCACAUACACGUUCCCGCUCGAGGCGUCGCUCUCGGACCCGGCCAAGGCGCGCAGCGUGUACACGCGGUGCAUCCGCAAGACGCUGUCGCACGGGACGACGUGCGCGGCGUACUACGCGACCAUCGACGUGGCGGGCACGAACCUCCUGGCGGACCUGUGCCUGGCGGCGGGCCAGCGCGCCCUGGUCGGCCGCGUGUGCAUGGACCGCCUCAGCCCGGACUGGUACCGCGACGCCGACGCGGCCGGGGCGGUGGCGGCGGCGCGCGCCAGCAUCGAGCACAUCCGACGGCGGGACCCGUCGGGGACCCUCGUGCGGCCCGUCAUCACGCCGCGGUUCGCGCCGGCCUGCUCCGAGGAGCUGCUCCGGGAGCUGGGCCGCCUCGCCGCGGAGACGGAUCUGCCGGUGCAGACGCACAUCUCGGAGACGGAGGCGGAGGUCGCGCUGGUGGGGCAGCUGUUCCCGGACGGCGGGUCGUACGCACAGGUGUACGACGGCUUCGGGCUGCUGACGCGGCGCACCAUCCUCGCGCACGCGGUGCACCUGACCGACGACGAGGCGCGCCUCGUGGCGGCGCGCGGCGCGAAGGUCAGCCACUGCCCGUGCAGCAACAGCGCGAUCACGUCGGGCGAGGCGCGCGUCCGCCGCCUGCUGGACCUCGGGGUGGCGUGCGGGCUCGGCACCGACGUCAGCGGCGGGUACAGCGCGUCGGUGCUGGAGGCGGCGAGGCUGGCCAGCCUGGUGAGCAGGCACGUGGCCAUGGGGGGCGACGAGCGGGCCAAGCUGAGCGUCGAGGAGGUGCUGUUCCUCGCGACCAGGGGCGGCGCCGAGGUGGUCGGCCUGGAGGGGACGGUCGGCGCGUUCGAGGUCGGGAUGGAGUGGGAUGCGCAGCUGGUCGGGCUGGCGAGGGUCGACGCCGCGGGCGAGGUUGGGGACGAGGACGACGGGAAUGUCGACGUGUUUGGGUGGGAGAAGUGGGACGAGAAGGUGGCGAAGUGGCUGUUUAACGGCGACGAUAGGAACACGAAGAAAGUCUGGGUUAGGGGGCGGCUGGUUCAUGAGAGGAAGUAAAGGUGCCCUUCAUUCUUCCUUGGCCACCUUUAGACGGCUGGUGUGGCAGGCUGGAGUUGACAAGAUAGAUCGAGUUGGGCUUCACGGAGAGAUGUUGCGUUCCAUAGAGCAGAGGCAUAGAGACAGAGCUCAGGCAGGUGUCCUUUGGGGUCUUGCUAUCUAAUCAUGGAAUUUCAGGGAUAUCGUUCCAUAUGACCGUCAAAGGC